AACAUGGAUAAGCUGAUUAUCUUACUAAUAUAAAUUCUGUGUUUGUACUGUCACUCUCUUUCUCUCGCUGUGGUUCUCUUACAGACAACGGUAAUAGAGUACGUCAAACCGUCAGAUCUGAAGAAGGACAUGAAUGAAACCUUUAAAGGAAAAUUCCCCCACAUCAAACUCACACUGAGCAAAAUCAGAAGUUUGAAGAGAGAAAUCUGUUCAGUGGGAGAGGAGUCUUCCCUGCAGCCGGUCACCAUAGCCAUGGCAUUUGUGUACUUCGAGAAGCUGGUCCUACAGGGGCGUCUCAACAAGCAGAGCAGGAAGCUGGUGGCGACCGCGUGCCUCCUACUCGCCGCCAAGAUCAGCAGCAACCUGAAGAAACAAGAGGUCAAGCAACUGAUUGAUAAUCGGCACUUCUAUGAAAGAACGUGGGUCUCUGCACUUGUCACAUGUGGCGUUAAAGACUGGCAGAAGCCUGUCCACAUCUGGAGUUGA